GCUCACAUUUACAUCAUAUAUUAUAUAUAUACUAGCUUUUUGCUCCGAAACUCCGAAGCAAACGGAAGAGAACGGAACUGAUCAUACUUACUUAAACCUAAUCUUCAUAUACCAACUUAACAAAAAAACUUCAACAGUUUCAAGAGAGUGUACAACAUAAUACAAGUAUUUACAACUUUACAAGUAAUUCAGCAAUCGUCGCGCGGCGGCCUGUGUGCUACUUCUUCAAAUCCCGGCUCCCGAGAUUCAUAGGGAAUUAAGGGUCCUUCGGACCAACCGCGGGGGGAGCAAAAGCAACAGCAGCCGGAUCAUCAUCAUCCAGAGGUACACAGAACUUCAAGACAAUGAUGCAGCAGGAGGUCAUGUCCAAGGCGGAGGACGUCGCCGACCAGAUUAUUAGGAAAGGAAAACAUAUACUUCCAACUCUGGCCAGGCUGUGCCUUAUUGCCACAUUUCUAGAGGAUGGCCUAAGAAUGUGGGUCCAAUGGAAUGAGCAGAGGGAGUAUAUGGACAUGUCCUGGGGCUGUGGAAAAUUUUUGGCUACCAUAUUUGUACUUAUAAAUUUGGUAGGACAGCUGGGUGGCUGCGUUGCUGUCCUUGGCAGGUGGAAAGUUCCCAUUGCCUGUGGGGUGCUCUUCUUCAUUGUUAUCCUACAAACGUUAGCCUACAGCAUUUUGUGGGAUAUGCAAUUUCUCUUUAGAAAUUUAGCGCUCAUUGGUGCCCUGCUACUUGUUCUAGCUGAAUCCAAGGCUGAGGGCAGGUCACUUUUCGCAGGUGUACCCUCCCUUGGCGAAAACAAGCCAAAAAGUCUUCUGCAGCUAGCUGGAAGAGUACUUUUAGCAUUCAUGUUUGUCACAUUGAUCAGAUUCGAGUGGUCCUUCUUCCAAAUUAUUCAAGAUGUUCUGGGAGGAAUUUUAAUGGUUCUGGUGACCAUUGGAUACAAGACUAAAUUGAGUUCUUUGUUACUUGUACUUAUUUUGACAUGUCUCAACUAUUAUCACAACGCUUGGUGGACUAUUCCAGACUACAAACCACUCAGAGAUUUCUUGAAAUAUGAUUUCUUCCAAACCCUUUCUGUGAUCGGUGGAUUGUUGAUGAUUGUGUCUUUGGGACCAGGUGGUGUUUCAAUGGAUGAACAUAAAAAAAAGUGGUAAAAUAAAGGUGCUCAAAAAAAUUAAACGGAUUUCCAUUCAUCUGUUUUUUAAUCAGUUCAGUAAUCAGACUGAAUCAAUUAAGACAGCAUUACAAUACUAAAAAAAAGUGCAAAUAUCCAAUGUUUGAUGUGUCUGCUGCCAAAAGUGUAGGUUCAGAUUAUUCAAGCAAAAAUUAUUGCUGGUCUUAUUAAUUACCAACUGAGGCACUUUUUGAAGGAUUAACUAAUUACGCAAAAACGACGAGAUGCCUUAAAUAUAUUGAAACAAGAGAUAAUGGAUAAAGACUAAUUUAUGAUACGAAAAGGAAAUAACGGCUUGUAUAUAUGAGAGAACAUUUAUUGUGAACAGUGUAAUCUCUUGGGCGCUUAAACAAAAAAUUUUUUUCUAGUUUUUAGGGCUGUCCAUCUUUUCGGAUGGUUGACCUAUUUGUUUGUAAACAUACUAUAGGUUUCUUUUUUUCCAAUUCAAAGCAAAAUCUUCCAUUAAAUUAUAAUUUUUUUGUAAUACCAUAGUUAUCUAUCAUUAUUUUUGUUAUGUUUGUAAGCUAUGUUUAUGAUAAUAACAUAGACGUAAACUCGUCGACUUCUCUGAGUCGUUGUAAAUAAAUUUUAAAUUUCAUUAAUCGAGAUUUCAUUAUAGAAUUUUGCAGCUCGGGUGGAUAGUCCUACAUACAUUCUAUUAAUAAGCCUCUAAAAUAAACUUUGCUCAAAAUAGUUCACGUGCAUAGGGUGUACAGUUAAUCGUCUACACGAUGAAUUGUCCGCUCCUUCACAUUCUACUUAAGAGUUUUGUGGAUACAAAUUUUUAUUUUUUACUAAUUAAACGUCGUACUGGACGUGUUUUAUUGAACAAUAAUGCGACUCUUGAACAGAACUAAAUGUGAUUCCGUUAUUCAUAAAGGGGAAACAUUUUUAGUGGCAAAACCAUUUGCUCAUGUGUUAAGAUCAUAUUAUCGGCAUAAUCAUUGCGAUUAUUGUUUUAAAAAAGAGUAAGUAAUUUUUCAAAUCAGUUUAAAAAAAAAA